GCAUACGCGAGGUCCUCGAACUACAGGCCUUCUCCACAUGGUAUAUCACACGGCUACCUGCGUUCUGCAUCAAUCUCAAACAUUCUGGUCAUCCAAAGCUCGCAUCCACCAUGCUGCUCGCCAGUUUACAUGGAUAGCAUGGGAGCGGCACAAUCGGAACCGGCACACCUGCGUUCCCCGAAUUGGGGUCACGGCGAUUCUGGUCGCCAUGAUCGUCCAUAUAUCUCAGAUACAAUCAGUACCUCGGCGGGAGAGACGGGAAACAAUGGACUCCUUUGAGACGUGUAUUACUGUGAUGGCUAGCCUGCAGGAUGUCCAUUCUGAAACAAAAGCUGUUAUGGCUUGCAUGCUGCAGACCAUGAAGGCUGUACCGCAUAGGGAGUCUGCGGUUCAAAAGGACCCUUCAACUUUUUCAUUCAUUGAAGCUCCGUCAGAAGGCAUGUCGGAAUUGAAUAGUCAGUGUAAGAACGAGAGACUGGAGGACUGGAUAGGUACUUGACUAGUAUAUUCACUGCCUUGUAUAAUAUCACAUAAUAUUUCUAUUUCCGUUUUAUAUAGACCCCCGACACGUCAGGGCUUAGAGACCUCUACUAUUAAAACGGUACUACGCUUCCG